AUGACUGUCACCGCCAAUCUUCCCAUUAUCGACAUCUCUGGUGAUGAAGCAGAAGUUGCCCGUCAACUAGUUGAUGCAGCCGAGGAACAUGGCUUCAUUUACAUCAAGAAUACGGGCAAAGAUAUCCCGGCAGCUGCAAUAAGCGAGAUUUUUGGUUUGUCUACCAAGAUCUUUGAUUCGCCGUUAGAAGAAAAGCAGAAAUGCACAAUUCAAACCAACAAUCGCGGAUGGUCUGGGAUGCACUCAGAGACGUUAGAUCCUAAGAACCAGCGUGUUGGCGACUUCAAAGAGGCCUUUAAUUUCGGAGAAUUCGUUAACGGGAAGGCUCAACAACCGAUGCCACCGGCAAUUACAUCCGACGAGCCCAAGUUCAGCGCGUUCACAGAUUAUUGCCACAACCUGUGUCUCAAGCUUCUGUAUCUUCUCGGCGUUGGUCUAAACGUCGGAGACUUCUUCUCCUCCGCCCACCUCAGGUCAAAGGGUGCCUCUGGCUCCAUUUUACGGUUCCUGCGGUACCCUCCCCCAAGCGCUACCAGCCACAAUACGGACGACGUCCGUGCUGGCGCUCACUCCGACUAUGGCUCCGUGACUCUCUUGUUUCGGCUUAAGGGACAAGCUGGUUUGGAGGUUCUCAAAAAGGAUAACACCUGGGCACCUGUUCCAGUGACUCCUUUAGGAACCGAGGACGACCCGAGCCCACCUAUUCUUAUCAACAUUGGGGACUUGUUAUCUUACUGGACCAACGGCCUCUUCCGCAGCACCGUUCAUCGUGUCACUUUCCCCAGCUCUCAAGAGAGCACUGUAAAGGGUGAAACAACCAGCGAACCGAGAUACUCUAUCGCAUUCUUCUGCCAUCCUGUUGGCUCAAUGCCCCUGGAGCCAGUUCCUAGCGAAAGGGUGGCCAAUUUUGUGCCCUCGCAAGACGAUGCCAAUGCCAAUCCACACGCCAAGAAGCAAGUUCUGACAGCGGAUGAGCACUUAUUCAUGAGGCUGAAGGCCAGUUACGGGGAUUUGUACUCGAAAGAAAGUAAAUGA